CUCCCCGGACACCGAGCGGCUGCUGCUGCCGCUCACAGCGCAGCGGGACCGGCGGAGCUGCAGAGCCGAGGACCCGAGCCCCAGACCCGGCCAGGCGGAGCAGGAGGCCCCGGUGUCCCCGGUCCCCCUGGAGGUAGACCCCGGACCCGGCUCUGAACCCGGACCAGGACCAGGACCACAUUCCUUUUCCCUCUUGGAUGGAUGAAUUUAAACAUCGCCUUGUCUGAAACAGUUCCCGGACCCGGACCCCCCUGGACCCGGACCAGGACCCGGCUCUGACCCGGACCAGGACCCGGCUCUGACCCGGACCAGGGGCCCCCGGACCCCCCGGACCCCCAGACCCGGAACACAGAUCCAGCAUGAAGAAGACCCAGUCCGGGAGGCGGGGCCCCCCAGACCCGGUUCUGCAGAACCCGGAGAAGCUGGGCUGGAUCAGGAAGUUCUGUGGGCGGGGCUUGUUCCGGGACAUCUGGAAGAACCGGUUCCUGGUUCUGAUGGGGGACCGGCUGUUCAUCUGCGACAAGGAGGUGAAGGACCCGAAGGGGGACGGUCGGUUCCAGGAGGUUCUGGAACUUUCCGACUACGAUCGCUGUGAAGAAAUCAGGAAGAAGAAAAGCCGGAGCAAGAAGAACCACAGCAAGUUCAGACUGCUGUGUUUACCUGGGAACCAGGUCCAGAACCAGAACCUGGUCUUCCUGGCCGUCAGUCCGGAGGAGAAGGAGUCCUGGAUCCUGGUCCUGAACCAGGCCCUGACCCGGGCCAAGAACCGGGUCCUGGACCAGGUGACGGUGGACGAGGCCCAGCUCUCUCAUCCGACCAGAGACCGAGUGAAGAUUCCUCAGAACCGCCGGCUGCCGACCCGGGGACACCUGCUAGCUGUGGCCUCCUCCUCCUCAGACGGGAUGCUGGUUCUGGACCUGAUCCAGGAGGAGGAUCCAGACCCGGGACCCGGUCCUGACUGGCCUCGGUCCAGAACCGACGGCUGCCUCUCCGUCCCGGUCCGGACCGCCGAGGCUUCUGGGAAAUCCCGGAGCCUCCCCCGCGAGGUCGUGACCCCCCAACCGGGCCAGAACCAGAACCGCUGCAGCUCCAUGGAGGCCAUGCUGACCCGGUCCGAGACCAGGACCAGCGGGACCAGAACCGGUACCCCCGAGAACCCGGUCCACCGGAUCCAGGAGCUCAUCAACCAGAAGCUAGCGGAGACGGAGCGGCUGCUAAUGGCGGCUAUGGGGGCGGAGCCUGAGGGGCCGGAGGGGGCGGGGCCAGAGGCCCGGGAGGCGGGCCGGCUCCUGGCCGAGGCGACCCGGGUCUGGAACCAGGCCCUCCAGGUCCUGGAGGAGGUCCAGGAGCUGAGGAACCUGUACCGGGACCUGGACCAGGACCUGGACCGGGACCGGGACCCCUCCAAGAUCCCUGGUACCCCCGACUGCAACAGCCUGAUGUGAACUCAGGCACAGACUUGUUCUGGACCGGUUGUGGUCGGGUCCAGGUCCCCGGAACCUUGCAGGACUCCAGAGGACCCAGAACUGGUUUUGGGAGACCCCCCUCCAGGUCCAGGUCCAGGACUGACUCAGGACUCUGAACCGGUACAGAAACCCACGGACGCCUUCCAACCGUUGCCUUCAGGUCUAGACGCGAUAAGGUCUCAAAUAACUCUGAUUUGUGAUAAAACCGUAGCUCGUAGCAGAAAAACGAAAACAUUGUGAGAGACACAGAACCCGGCAGAUUCUGACAAUCAUUUUUAUUCAGAUAUUCCUUAAAAUGAGUGAGUAAGCUCAGUGAGAAGACAGAGUGAGAUUUUUUUGAAGAAAUCUUUUGAUUACAUUACAGUGAAUGGGGGCUGAGACAGGUAUUGGCGCCGCUUUAUCCUCCCCCGUUUAAAUUUUGUGCAUACCCCGCCUGUCAAAGUCACAUUUUAUGAAUCCCAACACGUAUGUCUACAUUCUGACCAAAAAUUAUUUGUCUAGCCUUUACGGUUUGGCCGUGAGCUCGAGUUACAAAUAAAAAUUCGUUUUUUUUUUCACUGUUUCUCGCACUCUACCAAGUGACAUCCGCACUCUAGGUUUGACGAAAAAGUGAUUUCCAGUCCUCGCUUGAGUGCUUAUAUCUUGAAAAGUGUACAUCUUAGGAAAAAACUGUUUCAGGUUUGGAGAGUAGAGAAGUUUUCCUCCGUUUUGAAGAUUGAAUGACAUUUCUACGUGCAGGUAUGAGAAAGUUAGGUGACUCAGAAAAAAGGUGAAUUUUGGCUUUUUUACUUUUUCCCAUCUGCUUUGAAUGGGUUUUUUUGGCCGGUUUUUUGGGAAUAACUGGGAAAAAUGGGAAUUUCUACACCAAAAGUCAUAGCACAUUAUUCCCGUUUUGAUAUAUGAUUCGCCUGGGUCCUCCCAAAUCUGUAGGAGGGAACCGAAAUCUGUCCGGAAAAUGAAUAAUAAACGCGCAGGAUAACAAUAGAUGUCUCUUCUAGACCCCCCCUUCCGAUUGGUCGCCCUGGAGAACACCUGCUGUUCUCAUCUGUAUCACCUGGAACUCACCUGUACUCACCUGGAUUAUCCAAUCAGCAGUCUUAACUCAUGCUAACCCGUGAUGCUAAACCAAUGUGGGUUGUUUUAUCCACGUCCCAGAUGUUGCUACGAGCUAGUGGUAACGAGCUAGCUAUCCUAGCUUAUUAAGCCACACGCUAACCCAUGAUGCUAGCUAAUCAUUGAUCUUUGUUUUCAGAUGCAGUUACCUCAAGCUAUAUCCUUUAGCUUAGCUCAUGCUAAUGCGUCAUCCAUCCAUUUCAGACAUCAUUAGUUAGCACAAGCAAGCUGCUUUAGCUUAACUCAGCUAAUCUGCACUAGCUAGCUGGUAUCAACGACGUCCAACAACGUCGUUAGCUGGACGUAGCUCUGAAACUCCGUUCAUCGUGUUAGCUGGAAUCUACGUUUGGACCGGAAUGUCGUAGUUUUAUCGUUUAUUAUUUAGCAGAAUUAAACCGUCACUUCCUGUCUGUCCUCAGUGGUGAAGGUUAGCGUUAGCGUCUGUCCUCGGCGGCGUCGGCAAAGGUUAGCGUUAGCAUCUGUCCUCCAUACAAUGUUAGCACUUUAGUCUCCUCACGCUAGCUACUUUAGCUUAGCUAACCUGCCAAGCUAACUAACGUUAAUGUAGCUAAUGUCCGUUAGCAUGGUGAGUCAGCAGCUAAACUGCUGCUAAACUAGCUAAACGGGACCCCCGUUGUCCCAGAACUGGUCCCGGGUCCUGGACCCAGACCCUGGUGGUUCUGGACCUGGUUCUGGUUCUGGUCCCGGUGGGUACGGAUCUAUGCACUCCCCUCUGACCCGGUUCUGACCCGGUUCUGAAGGUUUAGCUGAAACUCAGGGGAAACUGGAUCUUUAGAGAAAUUAAAGGUACGAAUUUGUCGGAUCAGGACACGCCCCUUUUGGACACAAGGCCACGCCCCUUUUGGGAGCAAAACUCCUGAAUUUAAGGUUAACAACUUUCCAGGUCUUGGUCCAGGUCCUGGUUUCAGGUCCUGAUUAAACAAACAUUCAUUUCUAAAACAAUCAGAGAAACUUUAUUUUAUUAAACUUUUGUGCAGCAACAAGCCGUUAGCGUAUUAGCUUAGCUGCUGAUUUAUUGAUCAGGUCAAUGAACUUUAUUAGCGUUUCUCGUCUUCCUGUUUGUUUGAUCUUUUUGAAGAGUGUUGUUGUUCUGCAGCAGCAGGGAAUCCUGGGAAAUGUAGUCCAGUAGAAAGUUCUGCAGGGCAUGAUGGGAAAUGUAGUCCAGUAGAAAGUUCUGCAGGGCAUGAUGGGAAAUGUAGUCCAGUAGAAAUGUGAAACCACAUGUGCUGAAAUAAAAGAAUAAAA